AUGGGUGCCGAUCCGGGACAAACCAAAGAGGAUUGUGCCUCGUCGCGAGGGGAUCCCUGCGAGUGCGGAGCUCUCGAGGCUUCGGCGUGCAUUUGCAGCACCGACGCGUGGUCCCCCGCUCCGUCCUCGCGCAAAGGCAUGACCAAGCCCAGCAGCAGCUUCCGCUUCUUCGCGUCGCUCAACCGGUCCGUCAGAAUCGAAAUCCCCGACGACACCCUCCCGCACCUGCCGGUUUCGCAGAGCCUACCAGACCCUUCCACAAACUCCGCCGCUCUUUGCGGUGGUCGCGACCCGAGAAGCACGCUAGAGCUUUUCCAUUCGUCGUCGCAGCCGCCGCUAUGGCAGCCCAGCUCGCCCGUCGGCGUGCGCAGUCAGUACGCGGAAGCUAUUCGGGAACGCGCUCGGCGCGCAAUGGCGUCGCAGGAGACGAUGGAUAGUGCCUGGGAGGACCAGCACGUCGCACAGAUUGCACAGAGCACGCCGACGUCGCCGUGUCGGUCGCCCAGCGCCAUGAGCAUGGUGUCGCCCAAGUCGCUCAGGCGAAUGCUGCUGGCGCCCGUGCUCGCAUCCUCGUCAGCGCGCAAAUCCAGCAGCAGCGCAGCGGGUUCGUGCGAGAAGGAGGCGAGGGGGACAGGGUCUGCGCGCGCGAGUGCGCUGAAAGGGGGAGGGUCCGCCAGCGAGCGCGAGAGCGGGCGGCGCACCAGGUCGCUGAAAGGCAGCGUCGAAUGUCCGGAGCGCAUCGAUUGGUCAGGGGGGCUAUCCAGUAGAGAGCCUGACAAAGAGCAGAUCGUUGCUAGCCCUAGGAUGGCUCGAAAUCUAACGGUGGACGUGAGGCGCGCAAGCGAGAGCACCGCUGGUUGCGCCGACCUUGACUUUUUCUCCUCCGAGUGGGAGUUCCCGGCCGCACAGAGCGUGCCCUGCGCGCACAGCGGGGGGGAUGCGGAUUCCCCCCCGGACUCCCCGCGCGCGGUUUUUGGGCACAGCUGCAUGCCUCCCGCCGUCUCUGCCGGUCUCCGCAUCAUCUCCUCCCCGCGCUCCUCGUCCCCGCGUCUCCCUUCCCCGCGCUCGCCCUCUCUGCGCAUCCCUUCCUUCUCCUCCCUCUCGCACCCCUCCCCGCGAUCCAAAGGCAAGGCCUCCCCUCCCGCGCUCCGCAGCGCGCACUCGUGCUCGGGCCCUUUAAGCCCGCAGGUGUCGCGGAAGGUUCCCGCGUGGGAGGAAGAGGAGGUGGCGGUGGUGGGGACGCUGCUCGCAGCAGGCGGCGCGGUGGGGGAGAUCGCCGUCCGCGCGCCCGCCCUGCGCGCUGCUGGGAAGAAGUAG